AUGUCUGUCUCUCUCAAAAACAGCCUACCGGUCCACAGCGCCCCAAAAUCCACCAGUGUGGGAUUUCGCGCUAAGCUUGACCUGAAUAGCUCGCAUUCGAAAUCGACAUGCGAGUCGAUCUUUGGCCCGCCAGAGGUACAUGCGGCGUUUCGGGCGACAAACAGCGCUGCGACCGCGAAGUGGCGGUGGACAUGCUCCCAUGUUGCCGACGCGGCGCCGGAGUGGCCGGCGCUGCUCGCCGCGACCACGACGGCUACUCUGAUACUCCGGGCCGACCCGUCCUACCCGACGGUGGCACUCUUCCACGUCUCGCUCACGCUGAGAAAAAUUCUGAAACGGCGUGCAGCAGAGUCACCGACGAGUCGGACGCUGUGGACCCUCUAA